CCCAUGUAACCAGCUGUCCAACCCCAGACGGAGCUCCCCUUUUAUGUUGUUAAGCCGGGGGCCCAAGCUAUCUAUAUUCUCAUUUUUCCCCUUACAUUCUACUACGCUCUUCGAGCUUGGCUCUGGCUAGUCGACCUAAAGCGAGUUGCAAUCGCAGUUCACGAUGUUACUCACACUCCCUGCGACAUUGCUUGCCUUAAGCGGCACCCUCGUGAAUGCCCACGGGUCGCAUUCCAGCCCUGAGACCCCCUCUGCAGAUUGGGCGACUCGGCACAUGCAAGAGGAACACCACAUUGAUUACUUCGACGCCUCGUCUUUCUUUGUACUCCACGACUACGAUUCGUCCGGGGCCUGGACGCCCGAUGAAGUGAAGAAAACAUACGGGAUGGAGGACGAGUCAAACGCGGCCCUGACCGAGGAGCAAAAACAAGAAGCCUUAAGAGAGGUUUUUUCUCUUUUCGACCCGGCGAAUACUGGCUUCAUCAGUCGUGAUAACUGGAUGCGCCUGAUUGCUGAUGGGGUGCGACUACCAGACUUUGGCUUUGGCCCGGGCCAUCACGGAGACAUGGAAUAUGAGUAUGAGAUACAUCAUUUCGAGCAGUUCCAUGGAGAAGACGCGACAGAGGACGAACUCACGCACCCCGAAGAUAUCGAGCACUUCAGGAGACACGAUGAAGAGGAUGAGGCGCAAGAAAGGCUUGAUCAGCUUGAGCGGAUGUCGAUCGUUGCAGCGAAUAUCCCGUCCAAGUUCCGCAAGCAAGUUUCUGGAUAACCAUAAGUAGAUUUGUAUUUAUAUGAUAUAUACACCAUUGCCGGUCA